AUUGAGAUGAGUGCUAAUGCUCGGUAUUUAGGCCUAGUGCAAAAAUGUGGAAAUUGUCAAAAGUUCAUCGAAAACAAAACCGACUCUUGCCAAUGUGAACCCGAGCAGCAGCAGUUCCAGUUCGUUUUGCCUUACAAACUUUAUCUUAACUUUGCUCCUGCCGUUAAGUGUGAAGUUAGCACCGAAGCUACUUUUGAAGAUUAUGAAAAUCCUCUUCGUUAUAUGUCUUAUGUCAAAGUUAAAGGUUCAAUUCUGGCCGUGGCAGGAGAAAUUGAUUUUCACCUCGAACAACUAAACAACCGAGAAAAAACCCACAUCGGAGAAGCUCCUACCGAACAAGAAGCCCAAACCGAAAGAAUGUUUAAAAGCACUUUUCGGCAAUUUUUAGAUAAAACCAAUAACAAGGCUAAAUUGGCUGCUAAUGGCUUAUCCGUUCAAUGGCACAAAUACGGCAAUUUUGGCACGAAACAGGGAGAAAAGUUCGAACAACCCGAUUUCAAAUAUGAAAAAGCCCCUAAUUACUUAGAAUUAGGCUCGAAUGCUUGGGAUAUCACCGAAGCCGAAAUCAUAGAAAUCGAAGAACAUUACGAAGGCCAAGAAAACACGGGAGGGGAUACGGUAAUUCCGGCAAGCACCUCCGUUUUUAUUAAAAAAAUUAGCCGAGUGGAGAACGAAGCCACAGGCAUUAAUUAUUUAGAGCAAGCCAUUAAAGCCUUGCCGUCGGAUGCUCUUAAAAAGUCUGCUA